UCCGCACACGGCAGCAGAGCAGCCGCACACACCCACCUUAUUUGUAUGUUUUUUUGUUCCAGAUACUUUCAAAAUACUUUCAGGUCGAACAUGGCAAACGACCUGAAAAAUUUCCUGGAGUCGUCUCUGAAUGAGAUCUUCAAAGCCACAGUGAGCGACAUCCUGGACUCAGUGGACCGGACCCUGUCUGAGUACCAGGGCACGAUACACAGGAUCGAGUCUGAAAACGAGGGCCUGAAGAGGCUGCUGCGUGCACACAAGAGCAGGGAGUCUGCAGAGAGAGUUGAUGCCCUUGAACAAGAUGCCACAGAAAAGCUUUUGACCUCAGAAUGGAGCAGCGGUCCGAUCAGCUCCACCCAGGGCACGUUCAAAAUGUCCAUAUGCAGCAGUGACAAGAAGAGCUGCAGGAGGAAGCACAAAGACAAGCUGAGGGAUAGCAUGUCCCCUGCCUCCUUCUUUCUACAGACUAAUCAAAAUGUUGAACAACCAUGUGUGAACACCUCAGAGGUAUGUAUGCCCACACAAACCUUGGUAUCUGUAAAAGCAGAGCCUGGCUUGGAUGAAAACAGUGCUAUUGACCUCUCCCAGCCUUCAUCUGUUCUCAAUCUGACAAUGAGGCCAGUAAAAGAUGAGAGCACAGAGGUUUGUUGUGACAGUCAAAAUGCAUAUGCACCUCUGCUGCCAUCUUCAGGCGCUGAACAAGACUCCAGAGGCAGCGACAGUGAAGUUAAAGUCACCAUCGUUUCCGACAGCCACAUGCAGGAUGGACAGUCCAUUAAGACAGAGGACGAGGAGCAGAACGGGGUGUUGCAGUAUGGUGAUGAUGACAGUUUCUCUAAGCAGGAGUUGAGAUAUUAUCCUGAAUCACAAAGAGAUCCUGAGGGGGCGAGCAGAGAGGUUUCGGAGCCAGAGGUGGAGACACAUAAGGAAAAUGAUUCACUCGCUGUUCCUGCUGAUGAGUUUUUGGAGAUCCGUGACAACUUUUUACGCUGUCCCAGCUGUCCCAAAACAUUUAGUCGAGCAACCUCGCUCAACAUUCACAUGAAGACUCACAGCAGCGAGAAGGUCCACAGCUGCAGCUACUGUGGUAAACGCUUCGGCCGGGCUGAUCUCCUCAAAUCCCACAAGCGUACCCACACAGGAGAAAGACCCUAUAGCUGCAACAUCUGCAGUAAAACAUACGCGCAUCCCAGUCAGCUCAGGAUACACAAACGCAUACACACUGGAGAGAAACCGUAUUCCUGCUCGCACUGCGGGAAGCGCUUCAACGAGCACAACCAGCUCAAAGUCCACUUGCGGACUCACACCGGGGAGAGGCCUUACAGUUGCCAGGAGUGCGGCAAAACAUUCAGCAACGCAGGAAACCUGCGUAUACACGAGAGGAUCCACACUGGCGAGAAGCCGUACUGCUGCGCUCAGUGUGGGAAAAGGUUCAACGGCUUGGGUGACCUCAAAACACAUUACAGGAUUCACACUGGAGAGAGGCCCUACAGCUGCGAGCUGUGUAAGAAGACCUUCAGCCAGGCGGGCCACCUGACCAUACACAUGCGGAUGCACACGGGAGAGAGACCGUACAGCUGCAGUGAGUGUGGCAAGAAGUUUACGGUGGCCAGCAGCCUUAAACUGCACCAGAGGACUCACACGGGAGAGAAGGAGUACAGCUGCUCGUACUGCAGCAAGAGCUUCAGCAGGUCGGGCCACCUGAAGAGACACGAGCUGGUCCACACCAAAGAGAAGGUCUUCCUCUGCAGCCAGUGUGGAAAGACCUACACGGACCAGUCCUCCCUUAAAAAACAUUUGAAGAUGCACGCGGCCAAGGAGCAGAAGGCUCAGUGCAAGGGAAGCACCAGCAAGGCUGAAACAAACCCAGUCUGACCGGCGGCCUCGGAGACACUUUCAGACACUGAUAGAAAUACGAACCAAAUUGUUAAAGUUGAAUAAUAUAAAAGCUAAGAUUCAAAAUCUACUGACUACUUCAAAACCACACCUCACAGCCUACAUCUGCAGAUGGAGCUCGCUUAUUUGUCACGGAGAUGAUGGAGAGCACUACGUUGUUGAAACGGCAAGGACACUGAACACGAGGAUGAAUGGACACCAGAAACCAGCUGUGUGAUGAGUAACAGAUUCCUGAGUUUGAGUGGUUAUCAGACGCCAAAACACUGCACUACGGUUUAUAAUACUAUGCAUUUUUUCCUGCUGGAGCUGCAGUGGCCUCAUUGAGAUGAAUGCCGUCUUCACACAGGGGUACUGUCGGUCUGAACACAGUCUAAAGCUGCGUUAGAUUACUGUGUAAAGUCAACAUUGCAUUUCUACUGUUUACUGUGUGAUGGUCAUGACAAAAUAUUAAAUAGUUGCCGCUGUGGUGGAGUUGUAAAAUCAACAGAAGCUUUCGUGCAGUGGUUUGAUGUCUGAUAAGCCAUCUGGACUUCCUGCAUCAUAAUUCAUUGUCUCCCUGAUAGCUGUAAAAAGACACCCCCCCUAAUGUAGCCCCCUGUGCUGUUUCAACACAGGGCUGACUAUUUAGCAAUGAUUAAUUAUUUAAUUUUGAUUGAUUAACUCUAAUAUUCUUCUUGUAGGCAUCUCUCUCACAGUGUAAGAGAUACAGGCAGAAAAAAAAGGACUCUAAAAUAACGUUAAAACCUGCUGUAUGUUACCAAAAUACUGAUUAUAUGUUUAUGAAAUGCUUUACAAGAAAAUAAAAAUGACUGAAUGUCUGUCAGAUCGCCAGGGUGUGAUCGUUCACCUUGCUGAUGUGUCUUUGAGCAAGACACUGCAUCCCAGGUCCAGGUUUACGUUGUGUUGUCCUGACCUUUGACCUUCCUGUGAGAGAAAAAAAUGAAAAUUUCCCUACAGGGUUGAGUAAAAAAAUUUGAAUCUUAAUUGUUUUAGAAGUAAGGUGCUUCUACAUACAUUUAUACACUUUGUAGCCAGAGAGUUAGAAAUGUUGUACCGCUCAGUGAUGUAAGGUGAAGACCAUUAAUAUAAUGCUGUAUAUAGCUUUAAUUAUACAGUCCGCUGUCUGAUCUAUUGAACUGACAAGAAUGUAUUUGUGUAAUAAUAUUACUGAAAAUAAUGUUACUGCAAACAUUCAGUAUCGAGCGACCAGCUUUCAGUAGUGUAAGCCAUGCUGAUCUCAAAUAAUGUCGAGCUUCUCGUGGAGUUGUUUUAGGUUUUUCCCUGUGGUACCAUCUCUUACCAUGAAUAAUGUGCAAGUGACACACGCUGGAGUAAAAUCUCAUGUUCAUGAUCAUAGGGCUACUGUUCAUUGUGGCAACUGGUUGAUAUACCUGCAUAGCAAUGUAUAUUAAACUGAGUGUUUGCUACUAGGAUUUUAUUGUGAUUUACUUCUGUGUGAUUUGUGUCUAAAUUAAA